CAAAACUGACUUUCAAUAACUUCUGAGUCAUAACGGUUGUUAAAAGUUCCGUUUCAACCUGGGAUGGGUAUCCUGUGGGGGAUCAAUGAAAUCCAAUAUGGCCGAAAAACAAAGACUGGAAUGGCGGGCAAAACACUGUAAAGAAAGAGUGGUCUGUUGAUUGAUAAGAGCAUAGAGACGAGUGAAUUGUUACAUUUAUUGCUCGAGGGAUCUUUUGGUUUUGUUUUGUUAAUCCAAAAUGGUUCUUUUCGCGAUGAUCACUCGGGUGUCGGACGGAAUGGCGCUGUCGGCUUCCACGGAUCUCGAUAUGCACUUUGAACUAAAAGAAAGCAAGAAGUACGCCAAGACGCUGGCUAGAAAAGCAAAUCAGUACCCUACCAGAUGUACCAUGAAAUGUGGAAAUCACUCAAUAUAGUAAGAUUUUUUAACUUUCUUAAUGACUGAAGUACAUGUGUGGGAUAAUGCGGAAAUCUUGUUCGUAAAAAAUUUCAUGAAUUUUAUUUUAUUGAGCUCAUACUCUCUAUAAUAAUUAUUACUAGCAGUAGUAUAGAGAUAUUUCUUGUUUGUAAACAUUGUUUUUGAUAUUCAAAUGUGCCAACCAGUGAAACAAAAGAACCCAUUGUUUCAUGAUCAAGAUCAAAGCUAAUACAUCUCGUUGUUAGAAAAUAGGAAGUGUCUAGAUGUUUUCAAAAAACUUACCGGGCAGUCAGAAAUUUUGACCAAUUUUCUUGAAAUAGCUCGUUUAAUUCCUCUAAGAACAUAAGAUAUUUGUUUAGGCAUCUGAAGCGAUUGUAUAAAUAAAGCCUUGGGUUAAAAGUAGAAGCGACUGUCGAGCUUGGCCAUAGAGUGAGAUCUCAAUGUUUUCGACACUUAGAAAAUAUUCAAGUUCUGACACACUGAGUCAACUCCCGAUGAACAUCCACAGAAAUUAUCGAUGAAACCUCACCGGAGUAUUUAGUUUUUGUUAAGAAAUGCCAAGCGAUUGUAAAGGUUUCAUAUUGUUGUGGACAAAUUCUCCUAGCUUGCAUUGAUUUAAGCAUAGAAUCACGGGUACGAUUUUCAAAACACUUGAUGCCUGGCAGUCGGAAAUUCAUGUACAAUUUGCAUGAAAUAUGUUAUUUAAUUUGUGUAAAAGUAUCAGGAAGUUGUUAAAUUAGAAAACUCAAGCGAUUUCAAACACUGCUCUGGGCUUGAAGUAGAGGCAUGUUGGUGGGCUUCCGCUAGCUUGGUGUUUUCGGUCAUUUUAUGUAGCUUUAUUUGUACCAUUAUCUCAAAAUUUGAGACACUUAAGAGUCUUGGGCUCACAUUUUUUAGAAGUAAAGUCUCAUGCUCGGAUUGAUUAAAACUCUUAAGUCUCGGUCUCGUCCUCCCUCUCUAAUUGUGAAACCUGCAGGGUCUCGCAUUUUCUCAAAGUCUCAAAUUUACCAUUCUUUACCCCUUGCUUUGGACCUGCCACUGGCUAAACUGCAGAAUGCAGGGUCAAUGCAAAUGUGCGGGCUCAUUUGGCUUGUUUGCACCUUCAUAGUUUAUAAGCAAGCCCUCCAUUGCCAAGCUAACUGGGCAGAACAAACCACCUAGGUACCCAACACUUAACGUUCAAAAUAAUAAUAAUUCCUUCCUUUUCUUUUCAUUGGCUGACGACCUAAACAAGCGCCCUUUGCCCCCCCCCCCACCCCCAAGAAAGAAAAAAAUAGUCCUGUAUCCUGAUUACAGUGGUUGCUUUCUUCUUACCUCUUCAACAAACUUGAGUCAUGAACCAGUGACAGUGAGGUUUUCCUCAGGUUUUCCUCUGGUUCUGCCUCCGAUUUAAAGAAAGAAAAUCUCUGAGCUCAGGAUAUGAAAAUAAACACAGGUUUGGCUGCUUCUGCGAUGAAGAUCUAAAAAACAAAACCCUGGGGCAUUUGACCUUUAUCCAGCUUUCAUUAAUAAUGCCACAGAGUGUUUUCAUUCUCAUCAUCAUCAGUGUCAUCAUCAUCAUCAUCAUCAUCACCAUCAUCAUCAUCACCAUUAUCAUCAAAAUCUCACAGUCAGUAUGUGUCAGACCACCUUGACCCAAAACUCAAGUUAUGGUUCCAUUCUAACCUUGGUUCACAUUUUUAUUUUAUUUUCUUAAAAUGCAUUUUCAUAGUCCUUUUAUUGUAUUCCCUGGUAAAAGGAAAAUAAACUUGAACCAAGAUAAAUUUUGUUCUAAUGCAUCAUAAUAAGUAUUAUAUUAAUUAUUUUUCUCGGUAAUACAAUGCUCCAGCUGGCAUUGUUUGGCCUCAACAAUAACUUAAAAAGUGACUUAACUUCCAUCUCAUCUUUUGUAAAGAACGAAUAUUUGUGCUAAAAAUGCAAUGCAAUUCCAAACAGAGGAAGAAGCAGUCAUUUGAUGAAAAGUAAAACCUUUUUCGUCAUUCAUUUUUCCUCCCUUUUCUCAUGCUCCUAACAUUUUAACAACUAAAAUUUAUUGCAUAAUUUUUAGUAACAUAAUCAUUUUGUAACAUGUAUUUAUUGAUGCUUUCCUUUCAGUUUUGUUAAAGCAGUUGGAGUUUGUUUUAUGGCUGUUUGUGAAGGAUCAUACCCUGCCGUUUUAGUGUUUAGUUUUCUUGAGGAGCUCAAGCGUGAAUUCACUAUAACAUUUCAGAGCCAUGAUGUCCAGAAAGCAAGGCGGCCUUAUUCAUUUGUGGAGUUUGGUAAGCAGUCUUUUUUUUAUUUUAUACUCUUGUUAAAUUACUAACUAAAUAUUAUUUCACUUUUAUGUUUAUCUUUUCUCAGACUCAUUCAUCCAAAGAACCAAACAAAGAUACAACAACACGAGAACAUUGACCUCACGGCUCAACUUAAGUGAGAUGAGCGAAGACCUGCACAAUAAUCCUCCAUUUCAAAUUUCACAAACAGAACUGGGACCAGAUAGCAGUGCAGAUACGAAGACCUAUAAAACAGGAGGUAUGAUCAUGCUUUACUUUUAUUUGAUGACAAAUUACUUUAUUCUUACUUUGAUGUGCAGCAGUGUUAUAUCACCUUUGACAAAGGCAAAGACAUUCUGUGUUAUCUGAGACCAUAAUGGCAUACAUCCCCACUGGCAUAACAUUGCAUGGAGGGGGUUGGGAAGGGAUAGCUUCAUUCCCUUUUUGAAGUUGGCAAAACGUCAGAAAGGCCUUUUAAUUUAGGGCAAAGUGUACAACUAAUUUUGUCACCCAUAAUAGAUAAAAGGGCAUUAAAUACCAGCAUGGAUAAAUGAAAAUUUCUUGCAGGACCAACGAGGCGGCUGGAACCCUUGACGUGGCAGAGUCUUAUGAUCUGUGUCUUAGCAGGCAUCUGUGCACUACUUAACUUUCUUAGAUGCAUCCCAUUUUUAAAUGUUAUUGUUAUUGAUGAAGAGGUAAGAAUAUGUAGAAAACUUCAUGGAAAGUAUGUGUGUACGGUCUAUGUACACGGGUUGUUGACGUAUCUGAAGAAUGAGUGAGAUUUUGCAGCGAAUGAGUAGGAGUGCGUGAAUACCGUACAAAGUACUUUCCAUGUGGAUUUGUGUUUAUUAUAUACAUACUGAGACAUUCAACAUUUUGCUAGUCUUUUAUUUCAAGUCCUUCCAAAAUGCUAAAAUAUCCCACCACACACCACAAAACAACAUACGGUAGAACUGAAAACAAAGUAAAUCAUUAAAAACCUUUGUAAAAAUUAUAAUAAAUGAGGGUUAGGAAAUGAGGUUAACUUUUGUUCUCAAUGUACAAUUAAAAAUGAAUGAAUUUGAUUGAAAGGGCCAGGUGGAAUAUAAACUGAAGACAAAAUAGCUGCUAUAAAGAGUACAUCUUAACAUUAGCUUACCUCUCAUUCUGUUUUUUUCCCCAUUCCAUUGUUCAUUCAGUUCCCUGUUAUCUACAAUUUCUUCAUUGACAGUGAAAUAAAAGACAAAAUUAACUGUUCCACUGCAAUUUCCAAGAUUUUAAUUUGUUGUUUUAAUUUUUUUUUUAGGCAGAUGAUACAUGGUUCUCAGCCUCUGGGUUUUUUCUGGCUGGCGUUCUCAAUUGUUGUCAGGUACGAACUGUAGUUCAUAUUCCAACAUUUGCAAGGAAUUGCAAAUUGCAAGGAACUGUUUCAACCCACUUUGACUCCACUUUGUAACCUUUUUAAUGGGCACAAGAAAGAAUGGACGCGUGCGAGGGAGACACGCGUAGGAAGAGGGACACGUGUCUCCCACGUGUGUGCCUGUUCUUUUUUUCACCCAUUAUUUCCUAGCGCCUGCUACACAGGCUACACAGUUUAAUUCUUGCAAUUUAACCAAAUUCGACCAUUAAGAUCACUAGCUAUGAAAUUGAACCAAACGUCUAUUGAAAUUAGUUGUUUUUAAAAUAUUUAAUUAACACAGCAAGUGCUCAGGAAGGUUUGAAUAGGAUUUUUAUCAGCAAUAGUCAGAUUUUUGAAAGCUACUCAACCUGUCACUUUUUAAAUUUUUACAUGUUGAUAAAUAAAGGUGGACUGGGCGAUUGACAAAGCUGGAUCAGACAGACCACAUCAAGCUCUGUAACCCUGUCCCUAAACUUUUGUUAUUUAACGAGUUACAAGGAAUGAUCCAGCAUUUGUCGUAGACACUGCAAUAGAGAACUUUAGAGAGGGGGGUAAAGGGGGGGGGCGGUGCUACGCACGUAUCACGGACUUUAAAAAGUACAAAUAACGCAUCACGGUGAAUAAAAAUCCGUGUUCACGUUUCACGCUUUUUCCGAAAGUUCAUUUCAUCUUUAUUGUCGUCGUUGUUUAUCGCUUAAGCUUUGCUCGCUUCUGCGGACUUUUCUAACAGAGUUUCAUUUCAGUCGGGGAUCCUAGACCACGCUUUUCUCAAGGAUGUGCCGCUUUAAUAAGAGCUUCAAGGGAUGGAUACUUACUAUUUAUGGGUUUUCGAAUUCCUUCUUUACCUCCAAGAAAACCCAUGGGAUCUACAUAAUUUACUACUCCCUCUAAAAAACCUGGCUCAUGUCACUGUUGGCCAUUGCACCCGAGAUCCCCACGCAAACUUCAGGCGUCUUAGCUCCACAAAAAUAUAAUAGCUGACUUAUGAUUGAUUCAAAAAAUUUUAACGUCACGGAAAUUGUUUCCCAGCUCGGGAUCGAAAGCGCUCUUUUCUCAGCAGGUGAAACAAGAGCCAAAAAAAGCAGGGGCGGCGCCGGGAAUUUUUACUUGGUGGGGCAUAACUGGGAAAAUGUGUUUCUCAGUUAUUGUAGCCUGUGAACAGGCCUUUGGUCGAGCGUGGUGGGGAGAGGGAAAAUCUCUCCCCCGCUUUCCCUUCCCUUUCCUCGCUAUUUGUCCCCAAACAGAGAGCCUGUUCACAGGCUACAGUUAUUGACGCGAUAGCGCCAAUGAUGAGUGCCGAAGGUACGAGAAACUAGGGGGGUCCGGGGGCAUGUUCCCCAGGGAAAUUUUGAAAAUUUAAGUACACUAGGAUGCAACCUAGUGCAAUCUGAACGCUAGAAUUUGACAAACAACAGGAUUUCAUUGCCGUCAACAAAGUAAGAAAAUACGAACAUUAACCACAAUGGACUGUUGAUGUCUUGCAACGUUUAUUUUCACGUAGAACGACCAGCAUUGCAGUAUUCUGCUUGCAGAAUUUAAUAUGUCUUCGAAGUAAGAAAAACGUAAUGACCUUUUCCAGCUGAACAAAAAACUUCUUACUUUCGUAGAAAAUUAUCAACUGUCAGUUUAUUUUAGCGUUCAAUACAUGGUUUGAGAAAGUUUUAAUUGACAUCAAAUUUUUAGCCUGCGAGCGAGCUCUCCAUUUGUGGGAUAUCGUGAAAAGUACACGCGCGAGAGGCACGCGAGAGGAGACGCGACUCUCGCGGCUUCGCCCGAUCGCUCGCGCGUUCUCGCGCGGCUCGCUUCGCUCGCCCAAAUAGGAGAGCUUGCUCGCAGGCUAUCAAAUUUUCCAAAGGGAUUUUGCCUUGUUAGCGCUAUCCACGGGAUAAAUCACUAUCCAGUGGAUAACGCAAUUAGUUUUCGGAAUACUCAUCCAUUGGAAAGCGUUUUAUCCGGCAGAUAGCGCUAUCCAACUUUUGAACCUCCGGGGCCUGGAUUAGACAGCCAGCUAUCUGUAAUUUGUUUGUACGAUUGUGCACAUUAUUGUUGUCAAAACAUGUUAUUUCUUUUAAUUUACAGCUUUACCUUCUUCUAUUCUCAGUGAGAUGGAGAAUGUUAUUAGCCAGGUCAUCCCUAGUCUUGUUGCUGCUAUGUAUCUAUUGGCUGCGAGGUCUUCGUAACAUCUGGCAGAUUCUCUUUCAUGUGGCCGUCGCUUCUCUUGUGUUAUAUCAAACAAGCAAAAGGCAACUACAAGAAAAGCCCGCGGACUAUAAUGUUUGAAAAAAUUAGUAUAAUAUAUGGAACAUUUUUAAUAUAAAAAUCUCUAAUAUCAAUACAUGUACAACUUUAAGCCCAGAUAAGGGUACUUAGAUGUGGUGGUGGUGAGGAUGUAUAAAUGUGGCUGCAAAGCCGGCAGUCCAAUUUUUUGUGGGGGCGUUCGCAAACAAACCAAGCUGGACGGUUGUUCUGGCAUAUGCUGACUUCAUAACAAAUUUUUUUUUUCGGAUCCAUAGGUUUCCAUUUUCUAUAGCUUCGUAUUUUUAGCGUCUCUCCCCAGUCUCGCUCUCUGUUUUUAGCCUCGUUCCAGACCUUUUGUUUGACUGCUCGCGCGUACUUGAAUACGCAAAAAUAAGGCCUGUUUUGCAGUCUAGCUUUGCCGCUAAUUUGUUUGCACGUUCGAAAAAGAAAAGCAGCGACAAAGGCUACUAAAUUGUUUAUUAGAUGCUUCCUGCCUCAUAAGUCUCACGAAUUAGGCUGAGACAAAGACCAGAAAAGUUUUGAAUGAUCCAAGAGAAAAUCCAAAAUAAAUCCUCUUUUUCUCUGCAUAACAAUCAGUUUACCCGACAAAAGUCACCUAAAAUUUUCUAAUCAU